UCCAAGGCCACCCGCAACGGACUGCGGGUGUGCGACCUGCUCGGCGACUUCAGCUACUUCGUGGAACGGUACCGGUCGCUGGUGGCGCUGCACAAGCGCAUGUUCCCUGCGCUGGAGGUGGACGUGGAGGCCGAGCUGGCGCGGUACGCCGAGUUCGCCGCCCGGCUGCGGCCGCUCGUCGUCGACUCGGUCAGCUAUGUGAGCGGCGCGCUGGCCGAGGGCAAGCGCGUGCUGGUGGAGGGCGCCAACGCGGUCAUGCUCGACAUUGACUUCGGCACGUACCCGUUCGUGACGUCCUCGAACUGCAGCGCCGGCGGCGUCUGCACGGGCCUGGGCCUGCCGCCGCGCAGCAUAGGACACGUGUACGGCGUGGCCAAGGCCUACACGACUCGCGUCGGCGUCGGCCCGUUCCCCACCGAACAGCUCAACGAGAUCGGCGAGCUGCUGCAGGAGCGCGGCGCCGAGUUCGGCGUGACCACCGGUCGAAAGCGGCGCUGCGGCUGGCUCGACUGCGCCCAGCUGCGCCACUCCAACAUGGUCAACGGCUACUCGGCCCUGGCGGUGACCAAGCUGGACAUCUUGGACUCUCUGGCGGAGGUGAAGAUGGGCGCCCACUACCUGCUGGACGGCCGCCGGCUGGAUCACUACCCGGCCAACAGUGCCGAGCUGGCCACCGUCGAGGUGGAGUACAUCACUCUGGCCGGCUGGUGCACGUCCACCGAGCACGUGCGCGCCUUCGCCGACCUGCCCGACAACGCCCAGCUGUACAUCCGCACCCUGGAGCGGCUCGUCGGCGUGCCAGUCAAGUGGAUCGGUGUCGGGAAGUGCCGGGAGUCGAUCAUCGAACUGAUGUGACGCCGGCCGCUACCGCCGCCGCCACCGCCACCGCCACCGCCACCGAGUGCAGUCGCGUGCCCUGUCGGGGAUGAGUGCCGCCGCCCGGCCGUGUUCCCCUAGUCCCGUCUAGAGGCGGCCGCGCGCUGCCGCGCCGCCGGCAGUCCUGUGUACCCCACCGUAUUUUUUCAGUACGAAUAAAACUGCCAGCGCGGA